CCCAUCAGCGUCUCGGAGAACCACAAGCGCAUCCCCCACCUCCUGGUGCAGAUCAAGUCGGACAAGCAGCAGCCGGGGGGGGUGAUCUACAGCAUCAAGGGGCCGGGGGUGGACGAGGAGCCCUUGGGCAUCUUCUCCAUUGACAAGUUCAGCGGCAAGGUCUUCCUCAACGCCAUGCUGGACCGGGAGGAGAACGACCGCUUUCGGCUGAAGGCCUUCGCGCUGGACCUGGGCGGCGUGACGCUGGAGGACCCCACGGACCUGGAGAUCAUCGUGGUGGACCAGAACGACAACCGGCCGCUCUUCCGCCAGGACGUCUUCACGGGGCACGUGGUGGAGGGCGCUGAGCCAGGGACCUGCGUGAUGACGGUGGAGGCCACCGACGCCGAUGACCCCGACACGGACAACGCGGCGCUGCGGUUCUCCAUCGUGGAGCAGGGCGCGGGCGGCAUGUUCAGCAUCAACGCCACCACGGGAGAGAUCUGCACCGCGCGGCCCGGCCUCGACCGAGAGAGCGUGGGGGUGUACAACCUGACGCUGCAGGCGGCCGACAUGUCCGGGGACGGGCUCACCACCACCGCCACGGCCGUCAUCUACCUGGAGGACAUCAACGACAACGCCCCCGAGUUCACCAAGGAGGAGUUCUCCAUGGAGGUGGAGGAGCAGGCGGCCGGCGUGGACGUGGGCAGGGUCCUGGUGCACGACAAGGACCUGGCCGGCUCGCCCAACUGGCUGGCCAAAUUCACCAUCCUGGAGGGCGACCCCGAGGGCGCCUUCGCCAUCCACACCGACCCCUACACCAACGACGGCGUGCUCUCCGUGGCCAAGCCGCUGGACCACGAGGUGCGGGACCGCUUCCAGCUGACGGUGUCGGUGCAGAACCAGCAGCCGCUGGUGCCGGCGGCCCCGGGCAGCCCGCGGGCGCUGGCCACGGUGCAGGUGCGGGUGCGGGACGUGAACGAGGCGCCCGUCUUCCGCGAGAACCCCCGGCGC